AUGCAGCUUCUGGAUGUACAGCCAUACGAGACGGCUUUGCAACGAUUGCUGCGCGCCGGAGUCUGCAGCGAAGAUCAGUUGCACGAUUAUCAUCUCUCUCAGGCAUUCCGUAGCUUGGCAUAUGCUGUGAACCGUGCGUCUCUCUCCGUUGCUGCUCUGCUGCCCUCGCACGGUCCUCCGAUAUCCAAUGAAGCACCGCUUUCACCCCCGUCGUCCGGUCUAACAUCCUCAUCCACAACCAAUGCGGAUGCAACAGGCAGUGCAGUCGUACUGUGUCGCAUGUGUACAUGUGCGUUGGCCUCCCAGGCGAGUUUAAGAACGCUGAUAUACGUAUCCACACGUUUACUGUGCGAUGAGGCUUCGGCAUUUGGUGAGGGGAAUGAGCGGCCGUGUUGCACAACAGCGUGGGUCGAGGCACUUUGUUCCCCUGGUGUCAGAAGAUCAUUCCUACACAAACAAAUGGGUGUUCAUCGUCGUCUCACGUUGGGCUAUUUGCUUCUUCUUUCCGGUACAGUCCGCGCUGUGACUCAUGGCUGUGCCAAGGGCAAGCGACUUCAUAGCCAUUUUGUGCAAUUUGCCCAACAACUACUGGCUGACGUGGUGCCGUAUGUGGCACUGAUAGCGGACACAAGAGAAGCCACGACACUGGCAGACGCUGCUUUUGUGGACGGUGAUGACGCAUCAUUACGGGAUGGGACAAAAAAGGAGUUGCUCGUGCCUUCUCUUAUGACAGUGGAGGCGAACAAUACACUGCUGCAUUUAUUUCAUGGGAUUGCGCUGGAUGUAUUGGAGGUUCAUCAACAUGAUGAGAAGCAGACAACGACUAGUCGUCGUGCGGUGUUGGAUCGUGAUGCUCCGUCCCGUAUUUGGUCUGUGGUGUCUAUUUUACAGAGGGCAUUACUCCGUGCGCUUGAAUGGGUUCAGAGUGAAAUUAUUUGGGAAAUGAGUUCCAUCAACUCUGCGGAUCCUUCAACGAAAACGCAGGCGGUGAAUGAGACCUUCGCAGUGGUCAGAAUUGCUCUUGAGGAUGGAUUUGCACAACUGAUUAAAAAACAAGAAACACUUGAAUGUUCUCGGCGAGCUGUUGAAAAGCAAUUUGGGCAAAAUUCAAAGGACUAUCACGCCAUCAGUGGCAUGAUGUGGACAAACACGUUGCGACUUUUCUUUUUUUGUCGGAGCUUAUCAAAUGCGUGGACAUACAUUUACGGCGGCCUUGGUGAAAUGGGGGUGCAACACACCGAUGAACAAAUACUCGCUCUUAUUGCCUCCUUUGUGUCUUCUGUGCCAUCAUUUGAGGGAGAAGAAAAGGAGCAUGACGUGUUUCUUGCCACCACAAUGCUUCUUUCAGGAGCGCUUGCGGCUGUAGCGGCGGCCCCUGCUCCAUCGAUGCAGGCUGCACUUUGGUUCAGUGAAUUGAAUUUAACCCAACAAAUUCAUAAUACGAUUGUUCAACGAGGACUUCGAUACCGGGACGAGAAUGUGCAAAAGUUGAGCGCCUUGCUGUCGCGGCUAAUAUUGUACAGCUCAUCUAAUAACUCCGCCUUUCGCAUUAUUGCAGACUCUCCCGAUCAACUGUUGGAACUUCUUUCGAAUGGCCGCGAUGGGGCGUCGCAGUGCGUCAUUGGAGUUAUGAUACGUGCGGCCGUUGAGCGACCCCAUUUCAUUCUUCCUUCACUUUUUCGCUUGUUGCAGCAUGGGGACACCAACACGAGACGCAAUGUUCUGGAUGUACUCUCCGCGCUUCCAAAGGCCUCCGAUGACUCUGCAUACGGAGGAGCCAUUGCACCCGAGCGGAUGCGGCCUGUAUUGCGACUUCUUUCGGAAGAACUGUUAUUGCGUAUUCAAGAUGAGGAACUGCAAAUCCGAUUGCAGAGUUCGAAACUGUUUGCAAAAGUAUGGCCGGAAGAUGUUUGUCGCUCAUUGUUGAAGCUGGCGACGCAACGCGACCGGUCUGUUAAACGAAAAUCUUCGGCGCAGCAGGCUUUACGCUUAGUUGUUGAAGCCCACACUAGCGAUGGUAGUGUUGUGUUACUGCUAAUAAAAGAGUCCUUGACUUUGCUGGGAGAAAACGUAACAUCUAUCUGUGCCACCCCCUCCACACCAGCUGACAUUUUGGCGUUUGCAACAUUGCACUGCGGCACACUCCAAGAUACCGUUGAAAGUCAACAAGUAACCAAUUCCUCUACUGAGGAAGAGGGAAAUAUUAAUGAGCGAAUUAUGCGACUUGUUGCAUUGUUAGGACGACACUGGGCUGAGGGGGUAAUAAACUGGACAAAGGCAUGUAUUCUCCCACUGCUUCAGCGUGCUAUGGAGGCACGAGCUCCGUUGGAACAAGAACUUCUAGUUCGCGUGAUGUCACAGAUAGCUUAUGUAUGCGGUGCGACCAAUGAGGGCUUAGUUGCACUCUCUUUGAGUUGUCUCCAUAUCAUGAAGCCCACAGAAGAGGGCACAAGCAAUUCAACUGUCUGGCUUGAAAAUCUCACUGGGCCUUCAACGGCACUGAGCUCGGACGCGUCAAUUUAUCAAAUAAUAGCACCAUUGCUUUUUCUUCGGGGCUGCCCCAGACGAAUUUUUGCCACAUUUGUCACGGUGACGCAAAUGCCACCACCCGUUGCGGAGAUAUGGGAAUUCCUGUGGAGCGUUCUUCUUAAUCCAAAUUAUCGCGAAGAAUUGUCACUCGAUGCUCAGCGCCUAAUACUUGAACUGGUGUGCAAGUACAACGCCUCUGUUAUGAUGGAGCAGCUACGCCACCUUGGGUCACGAUACAUGAAAGAGGGUUUUUUUUCACUUGUUGAUGGUAGCAUCGCCUUCUUCAUAUGUCGUGUCGGUUUCUUUUGUAUUGGUUUCCUUCUGUCCCAAAACCAGGCAUUAUUUUGUUCGAAAGACAUGAAAUCUAAUCUUGGCUUGAAUGAGCAUGAAGCUGAAGAAGGAGAAAUGGUGGGAAUGGUCGCCACUGCGGAAAAAGAAAGGGAAGAAGAAAUGGAAGUUACUGAGCUUGUGAGUGGGGCACAGAUGGUUGGACGUUGGGCCGAAGAUGUUGUGUUGCCGUGGCUUUUGAGCGAGGACGACGCAGGGAUCUGCGAUGUUCCUUUUCCUGUGGAUUUUCAGCGCCUAAGCCGGUCUGCAGUGGAGUGUUUAGCGAUUGUUAUGAUCGCUGCGUUAAAUCGCCAGGCGUUUAGUGAUACCGUUACCCCUUUUGUCAUGCUGCCACUCACUCAACUGGCACAGCACUGUAGGGAGCGGGUCAAUUUUUGGAAGGAAAAUUGCAGCGCCACCGAUGCACUUGUUGAAUGGAGUCCCUCCCCUCACUUGCUCGGACGAUUUGAGUUUGCCAUUCAUAUUCAUCAGAGAGCCCUCAAUCUGCUGCGGGCACACCCUUCAGGGGGGACGACGAUAGGCUUAUAUUUUAAACACUACAUGCCGCCUUUAAUUGAGCUUGCCAAUGCAAUCUGUACCGCAGUUUUGCGUCUUGGUAAGAAAGAUAUUGCUCAGGUAGCCGUUGAAAGUUGUCACGCCCUGUUUUUGGCUGUGAUGGCCUCAACCGGCGCAUCUCCAGGAUUAUCUGGCGGCGAGACACUGAAAGGGCGGGCAGAAGCAUCAAAAAGUGUACUGAUGUUUCUUGAUGUCACCGACCGAAACGCGCUAGUUACCUUUGCCGUGGGGAGCGCCAGGUACUCCGAUCUUCCACAGGUGCAGUCCGAGGGAGUGAAGUUACUAUCGGCGCUUUUGGGUGCAGCACCAGAAAUCUUUGUGACGGAAGCUAACAUGGAUGAGGCACCGUUAGGAGAAGCUCUUACCGUCUUGGGGUCGGUGGCGUUGAUGCAUCCCGACGCCAAAACCCGCGUCAUUGCGGAACAAGUUUUGGGGGUUUUACAGGCGAACUGA